AAAUAUUGUGGUAACACAAUGAAGGAUGCUUUUUUGCUCUCAGUUUGUACUUCUAAAAUAUGACGCCAACGUGUCUUCCUUUUCCUCCAGUCUCCAUGUCUCCCAUUGCACUUCGAGAGGAGACCGAAGCCAGUCCGGCAGAGGUGGCGCUGUGCCUGUCCACUCGCAAGGACCACAGCAUGUACACGUACAACCAGAUGUACACCAAUGACCCCGGUGCAGUGGUUCCUGCGGCUGAGCUCCCAUCAUGCACUGCUCUGGGCCAGAGUCCAGAGACCGAGCACAUCCGAAGCACACACAACAAUACGUACGUGCGCACUAAAAUAAAGGUUACCACAGGUGAGCUUCCCAAAGAGGUUCCACCUAUUGUUCCUAGCGUAACUACAAGUCCACCUGCUUCUAUAGCGAUACCUUGCUCCCCUCCUGCCGCUAAGUCGCCUUCAGUGCAGUCGAGUGGUGGUACUUAUGUUUGCCAGGUGUGUCAAAAAGUUUUCCAGUUCCAGCGCAUGCUAAACAGACACCUGAAAUGUCACAGCGAGCAGAAGAAACACCUGUGCGACUUUUGCGGAAAGGGCUUUAACGACACCUUCGAUCUCAAGAGGCAUGUCCGCACACACACAGGUGUUCGUCCAUACAAGUGCAAUCUCUGUGAGAAGGCCUUCACUCAGCGCUGCUCUCUGGAGUCCCACAUGAAGAAGAUUCAUGGUGUCACGCAGCAGUACGCUUACAAGGAGCGCCGGAACAAGCUGUACGUCUGUGAAGAGUGCGGCCUUACAGCUUCUACCCAGGAUGCAUUGCUGUGCCACCUCCACACUGAACAUCCAAACAGUGUCCUCCUGCUGGCCAAGGGGGCACGAAGACAGUCACCAAUGAUGAACGCUACCAGAGAUGACACCUCCCAACCUAGUUCCCCUCUCUCUCAUAAUAGCGAUGACACUGUAGGGUCAGGAGGGAGUUAGAGAAAGGGAUGUUUCCUAAAAAUAUAUAUAUAUAUAUAUAUAUAAGGGAUGUGAUUAAUGUGUAUUCUGAUGAUUUAUUGCUUCAUUCAACAGACAUGAGGGAAGAGGGAAUUUAAAAAGAGAUAGUGAAGUCAUGCAAAAUGCUGUUUUAAUGGCAGUACGCUGAGAUUCAGUUUACACUUUUGCUGCAGAAUCGAGCUGUACUUUUCCCUGUGAAACACACAAAAGCAGACGAUAACGUCUACAGCAUAAGUAUGCACUACUUCAGUUUACAUAAUAAUAUUAUUAUUAUUCAAAUAGAUGAGAUGAAACACAACUCAGGAGAAAUACACAAUUCAAUGUGACAUUAAAUAGUUGCAUUUUUACUGUGUGGGACAAUGAUUUUAUGUAGUAGUGUCUCAACACUAAAAUGAACUCUGCAGCGACUGAUAGUUACAUAUCAGCAGUCCCUGAAUGUUUGAAAAAGGGAUUUAGAAAGGAAAUUAAUUUUGUGUUGUUGAUUUACUACUGUAUGUAAUAUAUACUUGCAUAAAUUUAUCAUAAAAAGAUUUGUAUUUAUCCUGGUGUUAUAUUUUCCUGGGUAUGUUUUUUGCUAGAUUUUAUACAUUUACUUUCACAUGUAACAACCUUUAAUACUUGUAAUACUUGUGUUUUGGGGUUAUUAUUUUUUUGUACUUUUUAUAUU